AUGUCAGGUCAACCUUUCACCUUCCCACCUCCUCCGCCUCCUCCGCCCAAGCGAGCCACAGAACCCGUCAACCGACCGAACAACAACUUCUCGUCCAAUCGAGGGUCCUCGAGAGGUUUUGGAAGAGGUGGCCGAGGAGGCUACCCAAACGCUCCAUACCACGCCAACAAUAGACAGCAGCAUGGGUCUCACCGCGACGGAUGGAAUGGUCCGCAAAAGCGAGAUCACAAUACCGCCUUCAGGUCCACGAACCAGCCCAAUCGGCGAGUGUCUGCAGCCAGCCCAGCGGUGCCGAGUUUCAACGCCUCCAUCGAACAUCUCCUGCCACGAAAGCCCCCACAAGCAACGCCCCAGCCACCAAGUCAGAAGGUAGCGGACGUACCAAAGAAACAGAAUCUCCUCGGCCUCACACCCACCAGAGUCGACGCUGAUUCGGAGCCGGAGGACGACGAAGGCGAGGAAGCAAGACUCGCCGGUCAAAGUAAAGUGUCAGCUGGUUUGGAGAUUGAGUAUGGCGGACGAAACAUCACUCUCAGCACUCCGGCUGAGAUAGCGGCCUGGAUAGCGGAGAGAAAGAAACGAUAUCCGACCCAGGCCAAAAUCGAAGUCGCGAAGAAAGAAGCCGAUGAAAGGAAGCGACGAUGGCAAGAAGAGAAAGCCGCAAAAAUGCAAGCUGCACGCGAGGCACGGCAGAAGGCCCUCGAGGCACGUAGAAGGCGCGAACCACCUAAAUCACAGAAAUCAGAGUCGCAGGUCGAAGGAACUGGACGCGCCGACUCGGCUGCACAAGCGAAAACAAAGGCAGAAAGAUUGCGUGCAAAGGCCCUCAAAGCGCGCGAACGACUAGCCAAGGCCGAGGAAGCGUUAAGGCUUGCUGAAGAACAGCCUGGGUCUGGGACUUUGACUGCCAACGAAAAUCAGACUGAGCCGAUCGCAGACGACACCUCAAGUUCAGCCUUGACUGAUUCUGACGCCACCUCAUCCUCUGGCUCUGAUUCGGACUCGGACAGUGGCUCCGACUCUGAGUCCGGGAGCGACUCGGACGCAGACUCGGCACCAGAAGUUCUCAGCACGAAGAGAGCUGCGCUAGAACACGAAUUUUCCAACGCGCCGUCGAAACCACCGGCGCCGUCAUCACAAGCUGCGGGCCCUGAGGAUGCAUCUGCACGUGGCGGUUGCAAUGGCAAUGGGAAUUCGAAACGCAACAAGAAUCAGAGGGUAGAUGCAUCGACGUCGUCUCGAACAGCCGGUCGGAGAAAGGGCCUAUGGCAAGUCAUGGUGGAGCAGGAGCAAGAAGAAGAGCGGAAGAUGCUUUUACAGGCCAUUGUGACGUUGGGCGAGCACGGUGUUCUUGACGAGCCGGAACCGAGUACCUCAUGA